AUGUUAUUCAAACGUCCCCCUAAUGAAAAGGGAGCCGCAUGGCCAGCCAUCUUGGUAGGCUUGUUCGCGUCCUUUGGCGGCAUUCUCUAUGGAUACGAUACCGGGACCAUCGCGGGUAUCCAGACUAUGCCCUACUGGCUCGAUGAAUUCAAUCAUCCUAACGAAGGCCGCAUCUCCCUAAUUGUUUCUAUUUUGUCGGUUGGAACGUUCGUUGGCGCACUCGCGGCGGGGAUUAUCGCAGACAUUACCGGCAGAAGAUGGGGAAUCAUCAUCUCAGUCAUGCUGCCUUUUAAUCUCGGUGUGGCUCUUCAAACUGCUGCUACAGCGCAACCUCUGUUCAUUGCUGGUCGCUUUUUCGCCGGUCUCGGAGUCGGUUUAGUUUCCGCCCAAGUUCCCAUGUACCAAUCCGAAACUCUACCCAAAUGGAUCAGAGGCGCAGUUGUGGGAUGCUACCAGCUCUGCAUCACAAUCGGCCUUUUCUUGGCCGCUAUUGUGAACUGGGCAACCCAACACCGGAACGACAGCGGAAGCUAUCGCAUCCCGCUUGCCAUUCAAUUCGCAUGGUCAAUAAUUCUGGCUGGAGGCCUGCUCUUUCUCCCAGAGACCCCUCGCUUUCUGAUCAAAAAAGGCGAUGAAGCCGAAGCCCUGAAAUCGUUGGUUUUCCUUCGUCGCUUGAAUCCCGAUGAUCCAGAUAUUAUCUCCGAGCUCGCAGAGUUGAAGAGCAACUGGGAGUAUGAACAGUCCCUUGGCUCUGCUUCGUACAUUGAAUGCUUCAAGGGUACUACUGGUAAACGCACCAUUACUGGAAUUAUACUCCAAUCGCUCCAGCAACUGGUUGGUAUCAAUUUCAUCAUCUAUUAUGGUACGAGUUACUUCGCCAAGAACGUUGAAGGCCUGCCCGACUCUUUCAUCUUGCAGGUGAUCGUGAACUGUGUCAAUGUAGUCAUGACGCUUCCAGGCCUUUGGGCAAUUGACCAUUUCGGACGCCGCCCAGUUCUUCUGAUCGGGGCCAUUGGGAUGGCAUCCACAUUUGGCCCUUGCGCUUGGGUUGUCACGGGGGAAAUUUUCUCGCUUCAGACGCGUGCCAAAGGUCUUUCUAUGACCACUGCUGCGAACUGGUUCUUCAAUUGGCUUCUUUCUUUCAUCACUCCAUAUCUCACAGGAGCACUCAGCCCAACCCAGUCCAAUGUAUUCUGGAUCUGGGGCAGCUUCUGCUGGAUCGCAUUCGUGUUCGUAUACACCAUGAUUUAUGAGACCAAGGGGUUGGCCCUUGAGCAGGUUAAUGAGCUCUACGAAAAUGAACCGAGGGCUUGGAAGAGCCCUGGUUACCAUUCCGAACUCCGGACGCUCUCUGUUUCUGAAGUACACGACAAGAGAUUGGCCAAUGAAGAUACGAAGCAUUCAGAGUUGGCUCUGGAGGAUGUCGAAAAGGCCUGA